AUGUCGACCACCAUGUCAACGCUCGUCGGACACAACGAGGUCAUCCUCACCUCCAGGCCACCAAGCCCACGACUUAUGAGAAAUGCCAUGCUUCCGGUGAGCGCUUCAUUGUUUUUUUAUGUAUUUUAGAAAAUGGGGAUCUGUAAGGGGAUAGUUGAAGAUAAAAAGGUCAAGUGUGAGAUGGGCAUGGCUUAUAUAUGUGGUGGUCGAGCCUAUUAGAACAUAAAGUUCAAGUGACUCACAGAUUAAUGUUUUCCCUAGCCUUCGUCCAAUACAAUUUUCCCAGAAUUGUCGGCCUUGUGAAACUGAGAUAAUAUGUGUGACCCCCGAGGUCACCGUGGACCGUACGUUCCGCGGCUUACCGUCGUUUCAAACAGUGGUAGUCGUUACUCUAAUUUCGAAUGUGGUUAAUCCGAUUGUCGCUGGAAGUGAGUGGGAUGCGUUGUCUAUAUAACAGCCCGGCUCUCUCCUCCUUCAUCGCCACGUUAGGUUGAGUUGGGAAUCAAUAUAUCCUCCUUGUUGAUUGCAAUCAGCGCAGAAUGAAUGGUUUGAAGAGAGUAGGUACUUGUUUUCUUGGGGUAGAAGAAAUAUACUGUAAGAGUUUGGUAUAUAAUGUAGAAAAAACAUGCUUUACUGUUCCUUUUUGUCCCUCUGGAUUUCUCUUAUACUGUUGUCGAAAGAGGUUUCUAUAUAGCAUUGUGCCCAUGUGAAUAUCAUUUGGUGAUUUGAUUAACCUCCGCAGGUGUGAGUUGAUAUAAAUAAAUUCAAUUUUCUCUACCUUUUCGGUAAUUCCACCGCUUUUGAGGGUAGUCGUUUUUAUGACGGGAAAUUCUCUUGUAAGUAAUAAGUUUUAUGCAACGAAGUUUCUCGUACACAGAGAAUAAAUUGCGUUUCUCGGCAUUCUUUGCCGACUUUCUGCAAAACAUUCGGCUCGCAAUAGAUAAAGGUACGAAUGGCAUCGGCGAUCAGUGUAAGUGUUACUGGGGAAUGGCUCUGUGGGGGUAUUUUGUUAAGGCGUUGUACAAAAAACAUCGAGGAAUCUCGGGGCCUAUUUUUUGGUGGGAUAAAAAACAGGAUUUAUGAGCUUUAAUUAAUUUGUUCCAAAACUCACGAUCAAGUUUUAGAUACUCCGCCAAAUUCUGUUAUAUUUUUUAUAAGGUCCUGUGGAUUUGAGUUUAUUUUUUCGUCGAUUUACUUAUAUGUUUUCAGUCCCUCGUCAAUGAAAACCUCAUCAAUUGCAAGAUCCAGGAACACAAAGUCAACCGAGAAGAGCGCGCCUCAAUUCUAGGACGCCACUCUGGCUUCCGCGGGUGCACUCUUUGGUUCACUGGUCUUUCCGGAGCCGGAAAGACCACCCUCUCAUUUGCCCUUGAGAAAAUCUUGGUUCAACUUGGAAUCCCCGCCUAUGGACUUGACGGUGAUAAUGUCAGACAUGGGCUCUGCAAGAACCUUGGAUUCCAAAAAGAAGAACGUGCCGAGAAUAUUCGACGAGUCGCCGAGCUCAGCAAACUCUGUGCUGAUAUGGGAAUGGUGAUGCUGGCCUCGUUUAUCUCGCCCUAUCGAGUUGAUCGGGACAAUGCGAGAAGUAUCCACGACAAGGACAACCUCCCCUUCUUUGAAGUUCAUGUGAGCACGGCGUUGGAAGUAUGCGAGGCCAGGGAUAUUAAAGGUCUCUACAAGAAGGCGAGGCUGGGACAGAUCCGAGGAUUCACUGGAAUCGACUCGGACUAUGAAGUGCCAGUUAACCCGGAUUUGGUUCUUGAUACCGCCCAAUUGUCGGAAGCAGAAUGUGUUCAACGAUUGCUCGAGUUCUUGGUGGAAAAGAAUAUUUUGCCAAAAGAGGUAGGCGAAGUUUAUAUGAAGUCUUAUAUUCUUAUUUUUUAUAAAAUUUACCCUUACUUUACUUUACCCUUGAUUUUAGGUCUUCACUCAUUUCAAUGAACCCCCAGUCAAAGAACUCUUUGUGAAAUCCGAGGAAGAGAAGACUGCUCUCGUCGAAGCUUCCAAGGAUGCCCCAGAACUUGAGCUUGAACUAGUCGACCUUCAAUGGCUUCAGGUCCUCGCCGAAGGAUGGGCAACGCCAUUGACCGGAUUCAUGAGGGAAAGACAAUAUUUACAAGCUCUACAUUUCGAUCAGUUGUUUGAUCUCUCCAAGAAAUGCGCUUCCUUGAAUGGAGGAUCGACCGAGAAUGCGGAACACAUUCCCCUCUACGAACCCAUCAGUCAGUCCGUCCCAAUUGUCUUACCAAUCAAUGAAGAACAAAAGGCGAAAGUGGGAGAUGCCAAGAUUAUCAAACUCAGUUAUAACAACAAGUUGGUCGCCGUCUUGGAGGACCCUGAGAUUUUCCCACAUCACAAAAUGGAAAGAGUUCAGAGACAAUUCGCAUGUACCGAUCGGGGCCAUCCGACGGUGGACAUGAUCUUGAACAGCGGAGAUUGGUGCUUGGGUGGGGACAUCAAGGUGUUUGAGAGAAUCAGGUAAGAAUAUGAUGUUGAGGGGGGUAGGCUUUGUUCUUCGUUUUACGCCCUCUUUUCAGAUACGACGAUGGGCUUGACCAAUAUCGCAAGACUCCCAAUGAGCUCCGAGCCGAGUUCGCAGCGAAGGGAUCUGAUUGUGUGUUCGCCUUCCAGCUCAGGAACCCCAUCCACAACGGGCACGCUCUGUUGAUGAAAGAGACCAGAGAGAUGUUGUCCAAAAGAUAUCAAAAACCCAUGCUCCUUCUUCAUCCGUUGGGCGGAUGGACCAAGGAUUCGGAUGUUCCCCUUCCGACCAGAAUCCGACAACACGAAGAGGUCCUCAAGUCUGGCACGUUGAGCCCUGAAUGGACCGUCUUGGCCAUCUUCCCAUCCCCCAUGUUGUAUGCUGGCCCAACCGAAGUCCAAUGGCAUGCUCGGGCGCGAGUUGCUGCCGGAGUUGCCGCUUAUAUUGUUGGCCGAGAUCCCGCGGGUAUUCAGGACCCCAAGACGGGCGACUAUCUCUACGAUCCAACUCAUGGUGCCAAGGUGUUGGCGAUGACUCCCGGCCUCACGGAUCUCGAGAUUAUCCCGUUCAGAGUUGCUGCUUAUGACAAGAAGGCUGGCAAGAUGAGUUUCUUCGAUGAAUCCCGCAAAGAAGACUUUGAAUUUAUCUCAGGAACAAAGAUGAGAGGGUUGGCCAAGUCCGGAGAAGAACCUCCAAACGGAUUCAUGGUUCCAGAAGCGUGGAAGGUGAGUUGGAAUUAGAUUUUGUGUUUGUGAUUGUUAAUUUUGACUUGAUUUUUUGUAAUUUAUCUUGUUCCAGGUUCUGGCCGACUACUACAAAUCCCUCGCUCAAUCCAAAUAA